AUGCAGUCCAUUGAAGCAAAUCCGGCUUAUGAGGCACGGGAAGUUGGAACAACCGACAAAUUAAUUGCAGUGGGCACUGGUGGCCACUCUAACCUUUCGCAGGGUCGAAUUCAUCUAAUUGACGCUGGCCAGCGUCAAGCUGGCUGCCUCAUGUGCCUUAAGUCUCCCUGUCACGAUGAGGUUCCAAUAACUUCUUGCGCUUUUCCAUAUCGUCCAAAUCCGACUGCUAUGGGCGCCAACAUGCAGAAGGCCUCAGUCGCAGUCACCGAGGCUGAUUCGGAUCCCGGUUCGGCGACUUCUUCAUCAUCCGAAGAGCUGCAUCCCCAGCCUAAAAUUUUGGAGGCGGCUUUAUCUAUGAAUCAGAAGCUGGGUAGUGUAAAGCCUAAGGCUGGUGAGCCCGGACAUUUGGAGCUUUCACCGCCGAUUGCCUUAGAUUUGAACUUUAUGCAAGACGACAUUUAUGAUUCCGAUCUCUCAUGG